AUGGACUACAUUCCAAUGCCCUACAUUGAGGAGACCUCGGAACGAAUCAUCUGUCUCAACGGCGAGAUAAACGACUACAUGUCGGCCUCUAUUGUCGCGCAGCUCCUCUGGCUCGAAUCAGAUACGCCCGAGAAACCAAUCACAAUGUACAUCAACUCGCCUGGCGGCUCCGUCACCUCUGGCAUGGCCAUCUACGACACCAUGACAUACAUCAAGUCGCCCGUAUCAACCAUCUGCGUCGGUGGUGCCGCCUCCAUGGCGGCCAUCUUACUCGCUGGCGGCGAGGCAGGCCAGCGGUUCGCCUUGCCGCACAGCUCCAUCAUGAUCCACCAACCCCUCGGCGGCACGCACGGCCAGGCAUCCGACAUUCUCAUAUACGCGAACCAGAUACAGCGGAUCCGCGAGCAGUCGAACAAGAUUAUGCGGUACCAUCUCAACAAAGCCAAAGGAUACGACAAGUACACCGUGGAAGAGGUCAACGACAUGAUGGAGCGAGACAAGUAUCUGAGCGUGUCCGAGGCACUCGAGCUUGGUGCCAUCGACGAGAUUCUGACCAAGAGGCCGGACAGGGAAAGCGGCACGGAUGAAAAGAAGGGCGACGAGACGUAG